AUGAGUGGAAGUGCCCGCAGCUUUGCUAGAGAGGGCGAGCUCCAUGCACAGCUACACGAAAGUAAAAAUACGGGGGAGGAGUGCGACAGCGCAUGGCUUAUGUGGGAAGCUACGAUGCUUGCCACUGCCUUGGAUACAAAUCGGAACACGAAUAUUAGAAGCGAAUUCAGGGAUUUCCCCGACUUCGGCCCGUGGGCGUUCAGCAGUUGGACAGAAGAUGGAAGGCAGCAGGAUAGCGACGUGCGCCUAUUCAUGGGCAUAUGCUUCCGCUUGCUGAGCCUUUUAGGGUGUCAGAUGCCUGCCCUUGACUACGGCGAUAUCGAAGAUGCAAGCGAAGCGAUACGUGAACUACAGCACGAUCCCUUCCCAUCCGCUCCAGGGCGGCAACAUAGCCUGGUGAUCUACGCGCUCCUGCACAAAGUCAGUCCUACCCCUGCUUGGGAGAUAACUGCUUAG